UUUUUAAGAUAGGUGUCUCUUUCGAAUAAUUUAAGGUCUGUCAGAUUUUAAAUAUUUGAGUUCAGAACUUUUGUAUUCUUUGAAUUCUCCAUUAUUUCCAACAAGUUGUGUAUAUACAAGCUAGGCUUCAAAUGAGGGCCAAUCUGUUUUAGGGAAAUGCUUAUUUUCUUCGGAGAAGACCAAUACAUUUUGUGUAACAAGAAUUUUGUUCUCCGGUUUAUUUGAUAGGGGAGAGUGAGGAAUUGGACCUCUGUCGCGGGGAGGGUGGGUUGCCUUUACCAAUAGGCCACCGCAUCAACCUCCAUUGCAUGAAUUGUUAGUAUAAAUUGGGCAAUUUAGCUCGGUUUUAGGUCAUCGACUCAUUCUAUGUCAGAUACACUAAUUGGAAGGCACAAACAUAUGUUAUCUCACUUGAAAUAUGAAAAAGGAAUUAAAGGACAAACAAAGGAGUUUUAGCCUUGUAUCCUGAUUAAUAGGGUUUGCAUUUAGAUGGUUUGCACUUCACAGCUGAAUCGUGGAAAUCAUUAAUUUUAUUACCUUGGAUGAUGAAGUGGCUACAGGACUUAAAAUUCUUAUGCAUCUAGAUUUACAAAAUGUUUGGUUAUGGCAGGCCAAGGGACGAUUUUGUAAGGUUGGAGGAUCAUGAUUCUGGGCCAUCAGUUACAGACAAAAGUGGAAUGAAAAGACAUGGAUUCACUGCGGAGGGGAAGGGUAAUGCCGGUCUCUCCAAACAUAGCGCUUCAAGGUCUAUUAGGUUGGGUAUGAAAAAAAGAUCGCAAGGACUGAUGACUUUCAGCAAAUCGUUGAGAUCUGGAGUCACUAGAGCAGUUUUUCCAGAAGAUCUAAAAGUGUCCAGGGAAAAAAUAUUUGAUCCUCAAGACAAAUUCCUCUUUUUUUGGAAUAGGCUUUUUGUUAUCUCUUCUAUCAUUUCGGUAUACUUGGAUCCCUUGUUCUUUUACCUUCCCGUAUUCGAGAAUGCGGAUAUGUGCCUCCAUAUCGAUAGAAGUUUAGCACAUUUUAUUGUAACAACGCGAAGCAUAGUUGACAGUUUCUACAUUUUUCGCAUAGCACUUCAAUUUCGCACAGCUUAUAUUGCACCGUCGUCUCGGGUUUUUGGACGAGGUGAACUUGUGAUAGACCCUGCACAAAUAGCAAACAGAUAUUUGCAUCGUUACUUCAUCAUUGAUCUGCUUUCUAUAUUACCUCUACCUCAGAUUGCUGUGUGGAGGGUUCUCCAGGAAUCAGGUGAUGCAGAUGUUUUGGCUACUAAAAAAGCUUUGUUAAUCCUAAUCUUGCUUCAGUGGAUUCCUAGAUUUUGGCGAUUUUUACCACUAAUCAAUGAUAUGAAAAAGACCGUUGGUGUAGUUACUGAGUCAGCUUGGGCUGGUGCUGCAUACUAUCUGUUGUGGUUCGUGCUUGCUAGUCAUGUAGUUGGUUCUUUGUGGUACAUAUUAGCUGUGGAACGCAAAGAUGCUUGUUGGGAGAAAGCUUGUAGUACUAGCAAUAAGUGUAACAAAGAUUUUCUGUACUGUGGGCAAGCAGUAACAAAAGAACACAUACAAUGGAUAAAUGAAAAUCGACUUGCGAUUGAUAGGAACUGUUCCGCAGCUGCUGAUAAUCCAGAGUUUGAUUAUGGAAUCUAUGCACGGGCUAUAUCAUCUGGUGUCACUGAAUCUGAGGAUCUUGUCUCUAAGUACUUGUUCUGUCUGUGGUUCGGACUACAAAACUUGAGCACACUUGGUCAGGGGCUUGAAACCAGUACAUUUGCUUCAGAGGUCAUAUUUUCCAUAUUAGUGGCUAUUUUUGGGCUCAUUCUAUUUGCUCUUCUGAUCGGCAAUAUGCAGACCUAUCUUCAGUCUCUUACGGUUCGAUUAGAGGAGAUGAGAAUCAAAAGGCGUGACUCAGAGCAGUGGAUGCAUCACAGAGUGCUUCCACAGGAGCUUAGGGAAAGAGUUAGGCGGUAUGAUCAAUACAAGUGGCUGGAAACAAGAGGAGUUGAUGAAGAGAGCAUAGUUGGGAGUCUUCCAAAAGAUUUAAGGAGGGAUAUCAAGCGGCAUCUUUGUUUGAAUUUGGUGAAAAGGGUUCCGAUGUUUGAAAAUAUGGACGAACGCUUGCUAGAUGCUGUUUGUGAGAGACUGAAACCAAGUUUAUACACUCAGAAUACAUUUAUAGUCCGGGAAGGUGAUCCUGUUAAUGAAAUGUUGUUCAUCAUACGUGGACGCCUUGAGAGUGUAACCACAGAUGGUGGGAGGACGGGUUUUUUCAACCGUGGAUAUUUGAAAGAAGGUGAUUUUUGUGGUGAGGAACUCUUGACAUGGGCAUUGGAUCCUAAGGCUAUCUCGAACUUACCAUCAUCUACUCGAACUGUAAGGAGUUUGACAGAAGUAGAGGCAUUUGCCUUACCAGCAGACGAGCUGAAGUUCAUCAGUUCUCAAUUCAGGAAACUCCACAGUAGACAAGUUCAGCACACUUUCCGUUUCUAUUCACAACAGUGGAGGACUUGGGCUGCGAGCUUUAUCCAAGCUGCAUGGAGACGAUAUGCACGUAGAAAAUUUUUGGAAAUUCGUCGAAAUGAAGAAUUAAGCAUGGAAGAGUCUGAUGACAAUAUUGCAGAAGAAGAAAGAGCAUUGCUUAAGAGUACUUCAAGAUCAAAAUUCAAAACAACCAUGUUAGCAUCAAGGUUCGCAGCUAGUGCUCUUCGCGGAGUUCAAAGACUCCGGUCAAGAGGCUCCUUAGCUGGAGGAGAAUUGAUGAAAGUACCAGCAAAACCUCGGGAACCUGACUAUACUGAUGAUGAUUGAUUUUGCAGAUUCACAAGUAGUUUUCACAAUUACUCAAAACAUAUAGGAAAUGCCAAAAAAAUCUUUUAUGCUUAAUUUGUAAGUAACUUAUAAGUUGAAAAUUGUGUAUUUAUAAUAUCACUAGUUGUGUUUGUUAUAUAAAAA